CACACAUUACGGUGCGCGUCGGACCGCGCCGAUUCUCGGCCCUGCUGGACACCGGGGCCGAGAUCUCAAUGAUUAACCGCCGGGUCGCCGAACACGCCAAGACCUUGCGCAUUUGGCCGGAGGUCCAGAACGAGACCAUCCACCUGGCCGACGGGACCACCGCUACCACUCCGGGGCGAGUCCGUCUCCCGCUACACGUUGCCGGGCGGAAGCUGGAGCACACGUUCCAGCUCCUCCCGUCCCUGGAGAGCGACCUGCUGAUUGGGACGGAUUUGUGGUCUAAGCUUGGUCUCACCAUCCCACCACCGCCGCCCCCUCAAACCCGACGACGCCGAGAGCCUCGACCCACGCAUGGGGUCACCGCCGGGAUGAUCGAACGCACACCGCAGGAAGAGCGGGAACUACAGGCGUUUCUAGCCACCGUCACCGCUAAACCGACCCCGCAUACCAACGACCAGAAAAGCGACACCGGCAGCCAUCUCAACCACGCCGGCCGACGAUCCCGACGGGAAGGUGCAGUCCUCUGGGGAUGCCGCGCCGAAAGACCGGGGCCGGCCGAAGAAGCCGACACCACCUCCACACCACCCGACGGCACGACAAAAGGCUAGGGCAACCCUACUGGCCGUAUUCGGCGGGACCCUUUCCGAUCUGGAAGAAGAGGACCACGCACCCGUCCCCGCCUCCAUCACCACGCAACCAGACAGCGACACGAUACCGGUGACCACCGAACGAGCGAUUCCGCCAUCCGCCCCGUCAACCCAGCCAGCCGCCGCUGCCGACACCAACGAGGAAGGGUCACGAACACCAGCCACUCCAAAGGACGCGCCAACAUCCACGAUCCGUACUCCCGUGGCCACCACACCGCGAUCCCUUCCGUCCGUACCGGUACGCGUCAGCGACGAUCUAAUUAUACAUGUGCCGUACCACGCCGCGAGAGUGUCGCGAGUGUAUAAGGUGCGGUUGGCGACCCGCCGCUACACGUUGCGGUUCGAUCGCACCGGGCAUUGCCACUACGUACGGGAAUUCCCGGCGUAGUGGCCUAAGUUCGCCACUUAAACGGGGAGGGGUGAUGUAACGAUACGCCCCUCCACCGUCCAUGCGCCUCCGUUCCGUCCACCGAACACCGAACGCCGAGUGCAGUCGAGGGCCACGUGCGCGCACA